GGCGCGUGUUCGCGUGCGUGCUGGAAGGAGGAGGCGUGCCCGGGGGAGCUUGCGUCAAGUGCAAGGGUUGGGGAGGACACACGGCAAUCGAGAUUUCCAAGUCCCGCGCUUGUCCGUGGAUGCGAAGUCGCGAGCAGCACACGACGCCAAAGUUGCUUCUGUGAAAGUCUCGGGAACCCCCACCAUGAACGAAUCCAUCCCUACUAUGGACCCGCGGUGCUCGGGCAAACCUCCCCUGGCCAUGGACAUCAUCCUCCAGUUUGACCUCUUCUCCAUCAUCUUGUACUCUAUCCUCACCUUUAUGGCAGCCACAUCCAUGCUGAUCUUCCUUGAGGAGUGUGUUUAUAUUUAUAAGAAAGUGCCAGGCAAUAAGAAGAGCACGAUCAUAUGGGUGAAUGGAGCAGCACCGGUGAUUGGCACCAUGUCUUGUCUGGGAAUGUGGAUCCCCCGAGCCACCAUGUUUACCGAUAUGACUUCAGCAUGCUACUUUGCCAUCGUGGUAUUCAAGUUCCUCAUCCUGAUGCUAGAGGAGGUGGGCGGCGACGAGGCGUUCCUGCGGCGAGGGACGAGGCACAAAUUGAAGAUCAGCACAGGGCCGUGCUGCUGCUGCUGCCUCUGUCUGCCAUAUGCAGCCAUCACACGGCGUUCUCUUUUCCUGCUCAAACUUGGCUCUUUUCAAUUUGCUGUGCUCAAGGUGGUCUUCACCAUCCUCUCCAUCGUCCUGUGGACCAACGGAACCUUUGAUCUGGCGGAUUUGAACAUCACAGGAUCAGCAAUAUGGAUCAACCCCUUUGUGGGCAUCUUGACUAUCAUCGCCCUGUGGCCCGUGGCCAUCACGUUCAUGCACCUCCGGACCACCUUGCGCACCUUAAAGAUCAUCCCUAAAUACGCCAUGUACCAGCUCGUGCUGAUCCUUAGCCAGCUUCAGUCUGCCAUCAUCAACAUUUUGGCUUUGAAUGGAACAAUCGCCUGCGCUCCGCCAUUCUCUUCUGCAGCCAGAGGAUACAUGAUGAGUCAGCAACUCCUGAUCCUGGAGAUGUUCAUCAUCACGCUAGUAACACGUCUGCUGUAUCGCCGACUUUACGACCCUCUGCCCGAGGAAGAGUAUGACGACAACGAGAACACCAAAAUGGUUACGUUGGAGAACGCCGGAUGAGUCAGUCUUCAUUGCUUGUGUGUUUUAGCCUCUUUGUGUGUGCAUUUCAAAAGGAGAUUAUGGGAUGUUGAAUUGACUGAGCAGACUCCUUGGUUGCACAAACUUUAUGGAGUGUAAUAACUUUUGCUGCCAAUUCUUCACUGGUUCUUACUGUCAUAAAACCUUGAGAUGUUA